AUGGCAACGAGCCCUUUAAGUAUCGACGUCCUGACCGUCGGAUCGGUCAAGAUGCGAGAACGAGCUGAGCUGGCCGCCAUAGUAUCGCAAAUCCCUCUCCGCGCCGCCGACGCCUCCUUCGUCCUCGACCAGCUACGCAACACAACCGCCAUGGUCUCGCUCCUCCCCCACCGUGGACCCCGCCCAUUCCGCACCGACCGCGUCGCAAUGCUAGGACACUCUCUAGGCGGCGUCUCCGCCGUCAUCGCUGCCUCUCAAGACCCCCGCCUCCGCGGCGCUAUUAAUUGGGAUGGCACGUUUCUCGAAAUCCCGUCACCACUGCCACAGCCGGUGCUACUCAUGAGCCACGGCAUGGCUGAUGCCAGCUGGCCGGCGGCGUGGCUGCUGCUAAAGGGGCCAAAGCUGUGGGUUGACGUCGCAAAUACAACGCACGAGACUUUCUCGGACGUGCCUACGCUGUUGCAGGCGGCUGGGCCGGACAAGGCGGCGUUAGCGGUUCUGCUGGGCACGAUUGACUUGGGCGAGAUGGUGAGAAUUUUGGUGGUGUAUACGACUGCGUGGAUGGAGGGGGUGUUUAGAGGUGAGGUAGGGGGGCUGCUGCUAGAAGGGCAGGAGCCGGGUAGGUUUCUAGAGGUCUUAAUUGUGAUGAAAGGGAACUUUUAA